AUGGCUCCCGCGCUCACCUCCAACCCGCCCUCCUUCCGUCCCCUCUCUUCCCCACUCCGCCGUCGUGCCGCCACCGUCCUCUGCCGCGUCGGUAAGCCCGGCAAGGACUCCGCGGUGGAUGAUGCUGCCCUCAAGAAGAGGCCCAACCUCUUCGCGGACUUCGGGAAGCUGGCGGAUGCCAACUCCCUCAUACCGGUGUUCCCGUCGUCCGCGGCGGGGUCUCUGCUCACGGGCGGUGGCAGGGGCAGGAAGGACCCGCAGAUGGUGUUCGUCGCCGGCGCCACAGGGCAGGCCGGGGUCCGCAUCGCGCAGACCCUGCUGCGGCAGGGGUUUGCCGUGCGCGCUGGCGUCCCGGACCUAGCGUCAGCGCAGGAGCUUGCGCGGCUCGCAGCAGCAUACCGGCUCAUCUCCCCAGCGGAAGCGCGGCGGCUAAACGCGGUAGCGGCGGACUUCGAUGACCCCGAGGCGAUAGCCAAGUCCAUCGGGCCCGCUGCGAAGGUUGUGGUCACCGUUGGCCCGGCCGAGAAGGGGCCAGAAGGCGGAGGCGUCACCACCGACGACGCGCUUCGGGUGCUGCAGGCCGCAGACCUUGCCAGCGUGGCGCACGUGGUUGUCGUGUAUGACGUCGAGGGGGCCGGCGGCCUCGGUGGCGGUGGCGGUGGGUCCACUUACAAUGUGCUCGACGGCUUCACGUCCUUCUUCUCCAACCUCUUCUCGCGAGUGCAGACGCUGACGCUGAGCCAGUUCUUGGCCAAGGUGGUGGAGACCGAUGUCAGGUAUACACUACUGAAGGCUUCAUUCACCGACGACUACACCCCUGAGAACUCCUACGCCCUGGUACUGGCCAAGGAGGGAGUAUCGCCUAGCAUCACCGGCAAAGUAUCAAGGUCACAGAUUGCAGCCCUUGUAGCUGAUGUCUUCUCCAAUGUGGCAGUCGCUGAGAACAAAGUCGUUGAAGUUUCAACUAGCUCAUCAGCAACAACGAAGCCCAUAGCGGAGGCUUUCAUAGCUAUCCCUGAAGACAAUAGAAGAACGGAGUACCAAGAUGCUGCUGCGAAAGCACAAGCCAAAGAGGAAACCUUGGCCUCAAAACGAGCUAACGAAGCUGAAGCAGCUGCCAGUAAAUUUGAAGCCGACAUGAAGAAGGCACCCUUAGAAGAUGCAGCUGCUGCUGCUAGCCCGGUGAACGAUGCCCAAGCCUCUCUACAGAACCUCUUGAGUAUACCCAAAGUGAUCAGUACGGAUUUCUUUUGGGAGAAGUUCAGCACACAGCUGGCUGAAGUGACGACUCCUCGAACCUCGCUAGAGAAGGAACCAAAGGCACAGAUAGCCACUGUGCGAGGCCAGGAAAAAGCAAAGAAGCUGGCACCGCGGAUUGCCAUUGUGAAGCCAGCAGAGCAGAAAGUGAAGCCACAAUUGAAGCAGCCAGAUCCCAAACCAGAAGUGAGGCCAGUGUUUGGUGGCCUCUUCAAGCAAGAAACAGUGUAUGUGGAUGAUGACUAA